AUGUCUAAAGUCGCUCUAAUAACUGGUGCUGCUCAAGGUAUUGGUAAAUCAAUUGCCCUACAAUUAGCUAAAGAUGGUUAUAAAGUUGCAAUUCUAGAUCUACCAACUCAAGAACAACUAGGUCAAGAAGUUGUAUCUUCAAUUAAUAAAAUAGGUCAAGAUUCUUUAUUCAUCCCAGGUGAUGUUUGUUCAAGAUCUGAAAUUUUCAAUGCUGUUGAUAAAACUUUCAACAAAUUUGGUGGGUUUAAUACAAUGAUUAAUAACGCAGGUAUUGCCAAACUAGGUCCAUUAUUAUCCAUAACUCCAGAAUCUUGGGAAAAAAGUUUACAAACAAAUAUAUCAAGUACUCUAUGGGGGAUACAAGCCUCUGCAAAGAAAUUUAUUGAAUUGAAUCAACCAGGAAAGAUUAUUAAUGCAGGAUCGGUUGCAUCUCAUGAAGGAUUUGUUAAUUUGGGUAUUUAUUCAGUGACAAAACAUGGAGUUAAAUCAUUAACACAAACUGCUGCUAAAGAAUUAGCAUCUCAAAAAAUCACUGUUAAUUCAUAUUGUCCUGGAAUGAUCCCUACAAAUAUGUGGGAUUCUAUUAAUGAAAUGACUGGUGAUUAUUCAGGAAGGGCAAAAGAUGCAUUGUUGAAAAGCUAUACUCCCAAAAUAGCAAUGGGUAAAGUUGGUGAUGCUCAAGAUGUUGCUGAUUUGGUUAGUUUUUUGGCAUCUGAAAAAUCUAAUUAUAUUACAGGACAAUCUUAUGUUGUUGAUGGUGGGUUAGUUUUCAAUUGAGUUUAAGAAAAAGUGGUUUGAAUAUAUGGUGUUGAUGUUUGAUUCUUUAUAAAAGUAGUUGGUGGCGGGAAGCAGGUAUUUGAAAGGAUUUCAAAAGGUUUACCGGUGUUUUGGAGAUAGGAUGAAGAUAUUAUCAUUACCUUUAGUUAUUUUUACCUUGAGCUACUUCAAACUGUGGUAUGUCUAUUGUUUAGUUAAUGGGAUAUAUAAUACAAAACCCAUUAUUGUCUAUUUCAAUCUUUACAACUUCAACUUCUACACUGAAUAAUCAGGCAAAGACGGAGG